GUGCCAUCAGACAGACAGGCCAUACACACAAUAAAAAGUCUCUCAUUACGAAAUUUGCGUAAAUGAGUACAGGCCCUCCUCACCCGGUUUGAGAUGAAGAGACGCGGUCGUUUCUCUCAGUUUUGGUUUACAACACUUACUGUCUGUGCCGCUGUGGAAAUCCGCACAAUACAGAGAACAGACAUGAGAGCAGACAAGAGCAACGUCAAGUCUGUGCUGCUGUACGGGACAAAAUGCUGGCGUAUCGUCAAGAAUGACAUGAAGAAGACUGAGGUAUUCAACAAUAACUGACUCCACAGAAUUGGCCAUAUUAUCAGGCCAGAGAAUAUCUUAGACGUUGAGUUAUAUAAGAAGACCGACUCGCAUAGUGUGGUGACGGAGAUCAGACGCUAACUGGCUUUGUCCUGUCCUCUGGAUGGACCAGAAACGCAUCCCGAAAGUAGCCCUGAAUUGGAAACCACCUGGGAAAAGGACCGAAAACAACCUGGAGGAGGACUGUGGAAACUGACCUGAAAGAAUUAUACCUUUAGUGUGGCGAAGCACAACACGCUGUCAACGACUGAAUAAGAUGGAAGCGGACUGGCACGGCCUCGUGUUCCGUGGGAACUUGGAGACAUAAGAAUAAGGAAGGAGGUACCUCUGUGGAGAUGAUAUAGCGAACUGAACAAGGACCGCCAUGAGCAGAACUUCUGAACGCUAGAUGGCGGUGUUUAGCUUUACACUUCUGAGCUGCAACAUUCCUUGGAUAUUUUCCAUUUUUUUUUAGGGAGGAAACUUUUUCUCUGUACCCGAAACUGUCUUCAGCAAAAGAAAGCGCAUCUGCCAUUUGCCGCAGUCUAUUUGGCUAACGGAUUUAUGAAGGUUCCUUACUUCUGCUUUUAUUAUUUCUAUUUUGAGAUUCACCGGUGUCUCCUGCAGUCUUUUAAACAAUCGGCCAUUCGAGACAGAAGGUAAACUCUACCAUUUACUGUAACAUUUAAGUGGACAUGAAAGAGGAGACGUGUGAGGUUGACCUGAAUAUCAUGGAGAAGAGGACCAUAAAUGUUAAGGAGGAGGACUGUGAGUGGGAGAGUGUCCAUCUGAAACAGGAGAGUCUGGACAUCAAGGAAGAGGACCGUGAACUGGGGUCAUUGUGUUUUAAAGAGGAAGAUGAAGAGGAGUGUAUCAGCACUAAGAUAACCAACUGUAGGAGUAUGGAGAGUAUCAAGGAAGAUGACCUUCAUUAUGAACAUCAAGAUGGAGCAGUGACUGGGUUAGUCUCUUCUCAUAGCAGACACUCUUCAUCUCCGGAGUCUUCUAUCAAUGUAAAAUAUGAAUCAUUACAGUUUGACAUAAAGAUUACUGGAGAAAAUUCAUCUCCUAGAACUGAGGAAGGUCAGCCACCACUUAAGACGUCAUCUAAAACAAAGAUAAAGAAGAAGAUGCCAAAAAUGUAUCCAGCUGGCCAGAAGAGUUUACAGAAAGAAUGUCAACGUGAAGAGGAUGUCAUUGAAAAGAGGAACAAAAGAAAGGGUAGGACUAACAUUCAGAGACCCCGUAAAAUUAUAAACCAUAUCAAGGUGAAAGACUGUAAUCCUCAAUAUAUGGGCCCAGAUGAAGACUUAAACAGAUUGGGCUCCAGUUUGGGCAGACGCUGCUCCUUGAAGGACAGUAAUGCCCACAAGCCAUCAGAAUCCUCGAAGACUAACACAGUGAGGCCCGAGAAGAGAUUGUGUCCAAAUCAAACUGGAGAAGAUUUUCAAGAGAAUAACAACUUGUCCUUUCUUCAGGGUCGUCCACAAAUUAAACAUCCUGAUAAGAAUGGAAAGAAAGUGGCAUCUGCAACAAAGAACUUGGUAACGGCCUCUCGGCACCCUAGAUUUCAGCCUAUUGUGAAGCUAACAAGGAUCGAUGCCAUCAAAUCUCAAGGAGUGUACAAUCUAAAUCCAAUCCACCAACAGUGUGCGGGAACAUUUAAAUACAAAUUGCAUUCUAAAGAUAAUGGAGGGAUUCAUGGGAGUAAGAAACCGUAUCACUGUCCUGAAGGUGGGAAACAAUUCUCAGAUAGUUACAUGCCUAAGAAACGCAGAGAAGAUAAUACAGGGAAGGAGCCAUACCACCAUUCUGAAUGUGUGAAGAACUUUUCAAUACACAGCCAUACCACAACUGCCAUUGUAGAGAAACCAUAUUUGUCUGAACGUGGCAAACGAUUCUCACAAUUUAGCCACCUUCAGACACAUAUGAUUGGUCAUGGAGGACAGGGUUUAUGUCGUUGUCCAACAUGUGGUAAACAUUUCUUUGACAGGAGCGGUCUCUGCAGACACAAAAGAAUUCACACUGGAGAGAAACCAUAUUGUUGUUCUGAAUGUGGCAAACGGUUCUCACAAUCAAGCUAUCUUCAGAUACACAUGAGAGUGCACACAGGAGAACAGCCAUUUUCCUGUUCUGAAUGUGGCAAACGGUUCUCACAAUCAAUCCAUCUUCAGACACACAUGAAAAUGCACACUGGAGAACAGCCAUUUUCCUGUUCUGAAUGUGGCAAACGAUUUUUAAAUAGCAGUAAUCAUCUGAGGCAUUUAAGAGUUCACACUGGUGAGAAGCCCUAUUGCUGUCCUGAAUGUGGCAAAGGAUUUUCCCAAACAAGCAGCCUUCUGCGUCAUGCAGGAGUCCACAAUAAAGACCAUCCUUAUGCCUGUUCUGAAUGUGGCAAGAAAUUCUCACAAAGAGGCAGUCUUCAUAGACAUAUAAGAACACACAUUUGAUAGAGGCAAAACUCGUUUCCUGAUUGUGACAAGCUAUUCAUCGAUAACAGCAGCCUUCAUAGACACAAAAGAAUUCGUUCUGGAUUAAGACCAUAUUGUUGCUCUGAAUGUGGCAAGCGAUACAUACAACCAUGCAGCCUUCAGCGACAUGUAAGAACUCGCAAAGGAGAAAAGCCAUACCUUUGCUCUAAGUGUGGAAAAACAUUCAUACAGAAAA